CCUAUCGCAAGUUGGUCAUCUCAAAAAACAAAAGGUGCUAAGAUAUUUUUGUGGAAUUCAAACGUUAACUUGAUCGAAAACCAGGAUGUCUGCCCUGCGCCGUGACGUGUCGCCUUUUUUCCAGCGCAUCCGGGCCUUCCUCUUGGGCCGGGAGCACAACCUGGCGCUGCGCUUCGAGGACGGGCUAGCCGAUCGCACCCAGCCCCAGCCGGAGAUCCCAGAGGGACCGUCGCAUCUGCACUCCGCGAACUACUACUGCCAGCGGGAUGGCCGUCGCGAAGUCUUCCCACCCAUCGACUUGGUGGAGCAGCAGAAGCAACUGGAAGCGGAGGCCGGCGGAGCGGCAAAGACCACAUCCUCUCAGCUGCCCACUCCGGGCAAGGUCUACUCCUGGGAUUAGGCGUCCACCGCACCACAGGAAUUGGCCUUUUGUUUGAGUUGUAGAUCGCGCCGGUUAAAGCUAAUAUAGAAUCUAUUCAAAUCGA